CAAAUAUGCUGGUGGCGCAUGCGCCGCGCCACCACGUAUACCUGGAGAGCACUUUUUGACGAGGAUUGCUCGAAUGCCAGUGUCGACAACUUCACAGCUCGUCCGCUGAUCCGCCACAUCUUCGAGGGUGGCUGGACCAAGUGCUUCGCUUAUGGGCAGACGGGCAGCGGCAAGACUCACACCAUGGGGGGAGUGUUCGAGGGAAAGAAUCAGAACUAGACUCUGCAUCAACAGGCAAAAUUGACA